UAUGUGCACCUCGCUUUCCUCAUAUGAUGACUUGAUGGAUCACUAUGAGGUCGACGUCGAAGGUGUUCCAUGCUGAGCUUUUCUCCACUUCAGCUUCAAAUACGAGCGCAUCUCAGAGUACCUUUACCCGGACAUCAUCUGGUUGGUGUCCCAUUCGCACAGCAAGUCUAUUCUCAGUCACAAUGCUCUUACUUCAACCUCAUAUCCAGUUCAAUUGUCUUGUUGCAUCUGUUUCUAUAUUCCUCGUUAUCUAUCACAAAAUCUCGCAUCGUUCCUGGUCAGAGCUCGCAUGCACUUUCUCCUCACUCUACAUGACAUACACACAUCCCUCAUUGAUCCUUUCCUCGUUCUCACGGCGCUGGCCUACCACCACCUUCUCCAUAACGAUCAUCUUGCAUAACACACAUCACGCUCUCACCAACAACCCGAAACCCUCUCCCUCGACAGGAAAUGGUAAACAAACGGCCCGCCCCGCCCCAAGGCCCAUCGCGCGCCCCAAAGAGAACCACUCCAGACCGACCAGAGGGCACAAACAACCAACUCCUCUCUCUACCUGUGAGCCCAAUCCGACUCCUCCCAAACCAAGACCCAAUAACGCUGGACGAAUUUCUCUCCUGGCCCGAAAUCCCCCUACCACCAGCAAUCCCCGCGUUCCACGACCUCGAACCGCAACCCAUCCGCGUAGGCCUCAGCCGCGACCUCCCCCUACACAAACAAGACAACUACAUCCACAACCCCGCCUACGAGCCGGUAUAUCUAAUCCCCAAUACACGGAGCAGCACCUACAGCCUACUCCAACUCGGAGGCGACGCACUCCCACCCACAGACGUCCUCCUACACAGGGACUUCAAAGACCCGAAAACCCGGCUAUUCGUCGCGCGCAACUCCCUCCAGGACUACCACACAAGACUCACAGCCGCAGUAACAACCUACCACGCCACCCUCCAAACCUGGCGCACCCAGCGCCGUAACUGGGAAGCCGGGCUACUGAUCGCGCUGGGCCGACAAUCCCCCGAGGAGACGGCGUCAAUGAUACGCAGCGAGUUAACGAAGGAUAAGUACCGGCCGUGGUUUGUUGGUAGCAGCAGCAGCAGCAGUAGCAGCGCAGGGGUAGCGGAGUACACGAACCCGCAUACCCUGCGCGACGGGCCGGUGGCGUUUGCGCUGCGCAAGCGGCUUGAUCAUGUCGCGCGCACGAUCAGCGAUUUGACGGAGCAACUGGUUCAGCUGUCGCGGGGGGGUGAUUGCGAGGCGCUGGGGGAGGUUGGCGGUGAGGAUGUGCUGGACGAUGCGAAUCCGGGGCUAGAUCGUGCGCGCUUCGUCGAUUGGGCUGUCGAGCGGGCUUUGCAUUGGCGUCUGGCUGCGCAGACAGGUAUGAUACCUGAGUUCUUGGGGUUGGUGGAUUUGAAUCUAGAUCUUGGUGCCGUGGGGGGGAGCGAGGAGGCCUGGCGGCCUGGGAGGGAGGGCCUGUUUAUGUCUGGCGUGCAGGGGCAGAUGCCCUGGGGUUUGCCGGCUUAUCGCUUCCAGUGGGAGAUUCAGCGGUUGAAGAGGGCGGUUAAUGAUCUUUUUGAGGCGGAGAUCAUGGAUUUGUUGUUUGGGGUCGAGGAGUGGUAUUUUGGGCUGGAGGAGAGGGAGAGGGUCAUUCUGCGGGGGGUUGCGUUGCGGUUUUGGCCCAUGCCGGCGGGGCUGUAUAAGAAUGUGGGAGAGGUUUUGGGGUUCACAAGUCCGUUUGGGGAUUGAGAUGUGUAUGCUGGUUUAUCCGGGGU